CAUUGUUGAGGACACAGAAUGAAGCAUGAUGAACAUUAAUUCUUCAUCACCAUCACCACUGUUAGUCGCCACCACAUCUUGUCCUCUUCCCUUCCACUCCUCCCCACAUUUAAGCUUGUGCUCACCUCUCUCUCUCUCUCUCUCUCUCCGUCUCUCUCGCCACCACCUCCGUUUCUCUUCAAAAACCUUUUGGCCUCGCCAAUUCUCUCUUAAAAAUCCAACCUUGGCUCUUUUGUCGAACUUUUCGGUCUGGUAGUACCACUUGGGGAUGGAAAAGGAGGGAGUUUGGGGCCUAAACUGGCAGUCCGCCGACGCCCUGGUGCCGCCGGAGUUGAAUUCCGGCUCCUCAGCCGCCGGCCAGUUGCCGCAGUGCCUCCUCGAUCUCAAAUGGAGGCAGCCGAUGACCCACGAAGCUGACUUCCAGUCGGCGCUCAGGUCGCUCGUCUCGUCGCCGUCCUCUCACCCGGCGGAGCUCAUCGGCCGGCUGGGGGUCGUCUGUAACUCCGGCAAGAUCUCCCCGAGUCCUCGACGCCGCAGCACCCGUCUGAAUUCCCCUCCAAAACUCGAUCUUUCCGUGAUGGAUCGCUCGCACCAGGGGAGAGGCGGCCUCCCGAUGCCGGCGAAUCCAUUGUCUGGGGCCCAUCUCUUCACGUCCUCCGCCUCCCGCAGCGGAGGAAGGAGCUCCGCGGGUUUCCGGGUCCAAUUCGGCCUCCCGGAGACUCCUGGAAACCUUUCAAGGGUCUCGAGCAGCAAAUCCCUAAUGGUAGGUGCAGCAUCUCGCACGACAGCUCCGGAGACCGGCGACGAGGUCGCGAUGCUGAGCCCUGCCCAAAUGGAGAUGGAGCUGAUGUCUAAAAUCUGCGGAUCUCUGACGCCGGAGGAUUCCGAGCUCGGCAAUGGCCAGGACGAGUCGUCGGUCUCCGACCGGGUGACGGCCGAGGCAUCAUCCUUGAGGGACGUCGUCGACAGCAACGCAAGGAAGAGGAAGGCCGCUGCAAAGGGGAAGGGAAAGGUGCCACCUGUAUCCUCUUCUUCCGCCGAUCCCCCUUGCAUGACAGAGCUGGAGAACUCCGAUGCCAAGCGUUGCAAAGCAGCUGAAUCGAAUGGCAAGAACAGUGACGCCAAGCCACCGGAGCCUCUCAAGGACUACAUCCACGUGCGGGCGAGAAGAGGACAAGCCACUGACGCUCACAGCCUCGCGGAGAGGGUUAGGAGAGAAAAGAUCAGCAAGAGGAUGAAGUUCCUGCAAGAUCUCGUGCCAGGUUGCAACAAGGUGACCGGCAAAGCCGUCAUGCUGGAUGAGAUCAUAAACUAUGUGCAGUCGCUGCAGCGGCAAGUCGAGUUCUUGUCGAUGAAGCUGGCGACUAUGAAUCCCCAGCUGGACAACAUGGAACUCCUCAUUCCAAAACUUAUGUAUCAAGCGCAUGGAACGACGACGCCGCAGCCGCUUUAUCCAGUGGAGACGACGAACUUAUCGUUCUCGUACGCUCAUCGGCCUCAGGCAGCUUCUGGACUUGAAGCACAGUUCUCCAUGGAUGCAUUGGAAUCCUCCUUGAGCCAGCCUCAGAAUCUGCAACCGGCUCCUCUGGAUGUAAGAAUUGCAGCCGUAACAUGGAAGAAUGACAUGAAUUAUGAGUUCUGGGAUCAACGAUAUGCUAAUCUUUCACAGGUCGGGGAUUAUUGGGAGGAUGACCUGCACAGUGUUGCUCAGCUCGGCCUUGGACAGAACCAGGAGGCUGCAAUCUCCUCCCAGGGUUUCCACGGCCAAAUAAUGCAUGCAAAUCACAUGAAAAUUGAGCUCUGAUUGCUUGAUUUCCGGACAAAAGAGAAGACCUCUCUGUAUAUAGGUGAGAUAUUUCUUGGGAGCACAAUCAUGAAAUUUCAUCUGAUGACCAAUUUGUUCUGAGCACAUAAUUUAUGUGAAGACUUCUCCAUGAAGCACAAGCAAAAGACUGAAACAGGUGAAAGUGGGUGGAGGAAUUUAGUAUGAUGAUGAUGUAAUUUUGUACUAUCAUGAGUUGAGAGCUGUUGAUUGUGGAUUCAUGAAGGAGCUCCCAUGCUUGUUUUUGCUGCAACUCUUCUCUCUUUCUCUCCAGCUUCUGUCUUGUCCACUGCAAGCCUUCCAAGUGAAAUGGGAGAUCCUACAUCUUAAUUCUUUUUUCCCUACGUCUUGUUUGUACUGUACACAAUGCUGUCAGGGUAGGCCAGAAUGAAAGGAUGGAGCCAAUCUGAUCUCUUUUUCUUGUGCA